AUGAAGCUGCUGACGCUCUGUGGCUUCUUGCUUAUCUUCCUUCUGUGCUUCAAUGCCUUUACAGGGGAAGGUCGGAAGGUUAAAAAAAUCUGCUGCUCAAAACUACCCAAACUCAACAAAAAAUUGCAGAAAGGUAUGAAUCCCAAAAUGACUCUGAUGGAAAAAAGGAAAUAUUGCAAGCCUUGUCCUCAGGCAGCCCCUCCAGUGAUUCCUGGACCUCUUCCACAGCUGAAAUGA